AUGGGUCCAGCGGAACGGCACCCCGAGGCCGUCCCGGGCACUGUCCACCUCGUCGACCCGGCGGGCGGUUCCUCGUCCGGCGACGGCGCCAUUGAGCUCGUGCCGCGCCCGAGUGCCGACCCCGAAGACCCUCUGAACUGGAGCCGCGGCCGCAAGAUGCUCUCCCUCGCCAUGGUCCUUGUCUACACGCUCGGCGUCGGCGUGCCCACGACGCUGCAGUACUCUGUCCUCGCCGACAUCACGCGCGACACGGGCAUCUCGACCGCCCACCUCGUCCAGGGCACCGGCGUCAUGUUCCUCUUCCUCGGCUGGGGGUGCUUGCUAACGCAACCCGUGGCUCUGACGUACGGGCGCCGCGGCGUCUACCUGUGCUCGCUGCUCGCCACGGUGCCGCUGAUGGUUUGGACUGCGUACUCGAGAUCGGCCGGCGAGUGGUAUGCCCAUCGUGUUCUGCUCGGACUCUUCGCCUCACCCAUCGAGGCGCUGCCCGAGGUGAGCAUCCCGGACGUUUUCUUCGCCCAUGAGCGUGGGUCAUGGAUGAGCGUCUACGUCGUGUUCCUCUUUGGUUCCAACUUUGUCGCCCCCCUCGUGGCUGGGUUCUUCGCCGAGGCAUUUGGCUGGCGCUGGACCAUGCACUUUGGCGCCAUCAUCGCCGCCGUCGCUUUCGUCAUCCUUUUCUUCUUCAUGGAGGAGACCAUGUUCUUCCGUCAGACGCUCGAGGGGCUGGAAGAGGAACCACGACAGCCAGACGAUAAGUCGGCGUGGACAUCCAGCACCAACCACUCUGAGAAGACGAAGACUGGCGGCUCGACUGAAGCUGCCACCGUUGCUUCAACACCGCAUACGCCUCCUCGUCACUACAGUCAGAAGCUCAAACCCUUGCGCCGUAUGCCGGGCCGCCCUUCUAAGCGACAAAUGUUCCUGUCCAUGAUCCUUCCACUACCAAUCAUCGUGCAGUUUCCCAAUGUGGCCUGGGCGGGCUUCAUAUACGGCAUCAAUCUCGCAUGGUACCAAGUCCUCAACGCAACCACGAGCCCCAUCCUCAGCGCGGCGCCCUAUAACUGGUCUACCAGCCGCGUAGGCCUUAUUUACCUGGGACCCCUCGUCGGGGCUGUUGUAGGAAGCCUCUGGUCGGGCGUCAUCGCAGACCGUCUGACAUUGGUACUUGCUCGACGCAACAAAGGUGUGCGUGAGCCGGAGCAGAGACUGUGGCCCCUUGCACUAUCGUCCUUUCUGUCGUGCAUCGGCCUCAUCGUUUGGGGUGUUGGUGCGCGACAUAACGUCCACUGGGCCGGAUUGGCCGUCGGCCUCGGCAUCUUGACCGUCAGUCUCGUCACGGGCGGCUCCGUUGCCCUUUCAUACAAUGUCGACUGCUUCAAGGACAUGAGCGGCGACUCGACCACAUCGGUCAUCAUCAUCCGAAACACGCUGGGCUUUGCCAUGUCGUACGGCAUCACUCCGUGGUACACAAACAUGGGGCUGCAAAAUUGUUUCAUCGUGGCCGGGUUUCUAUCGCUUGUAUGCACUAGCACCUUUUUGCUCAUGAUAUGGAAAGGCAAGGCUCUCAGGCGGCAGUCGGCGCAGCGGUACUGGCGGUACGCCGAAAAAGCAAUCGCUUCCGAGUGACUGCGAGGCCGAGGCCAUUAUGAAGUUUUGAGGCGGUGGUAUCAUGCAAGAGUGAGCCUCAAGCCUUGCAAUAAUACCCACAACCUGCACC